AAUCAAUCACAGGAAGUUCCAAGUAAAACCUUUGCUUUGACAAUGUCCUACACCAAGCCGGGCCCCUCGUUUGACUUGUCGUCCAAGACAGUUCCAAGCUACAAAUUGAGCAGUGGCCAUGAAAUGCCCGUCGUCGCCUACGGCACUUUUCGCAGUGCUCCUGGCGAAGUUGGACCGGCGGUUAUUGAAGCAAUCAAAGCCGGAUACCGUCACUUGGAUUUGGCCCACGUUUAUGGCAACGAAAAAGAAAUUGGAGAAGCCUUGCAGACGGCCUUCAAGGAUGGACUCGUCAAGCGUGAAGACUUGUUCAUUACUGGAAAACUUUGGAACAGUGAUCAUGAUGUCGAGAUUGUCCCUCAAGCCUGCGAUCAUUCCUUGAAAAACUUGCAAUUGGACUACUUUGACUUGUACCUCAUCCAUUUCCCACUCUGUUGGAAACACACUGGACUGGCCACUCCCAAUUGGGGUGCUUCUGAACUCGGUGAUACGCCCUUGAUUGAUACCUGGCGUGCCAUGGAAAAAUUGGUGGAUGCUGGCAAGUGUCGUUCCAUUGGAGUCUCCAAUUAUCCCAUGCUCUUGAUGCAUGAUUUGACCACCCAGGCUCGCAUUCAACCAGCCUGCAAUCAAAUUGAAGUGCAUGCCUAUUACAAGCGCGAAUCUCUGGUCAAUUAUUGCCUCAGCCGCAACAUUUGCGUUACGGCCCACACUCCCUUGGGUGGUGGCGCCACCAACAAGGAAACGUGGAAAACAUCCAAUCCGCUAGAGGAUGAAGUCAUUGGCAAGAUUUCCACGGCACACAGUAAAAGCCCUGCGCAAGUUUUGUUACGAUGGCUUUUGCAACGUGGAAUUGUUGUCUUGCCCAAGAGUGUCAAGGCUCACCGUAUGGCGGAGAAUAUUAAUGUCAUGGAUUUUUCGUUGACUCCCGAGGAAAUGGCGGAGAUUGAUGCAUUGGACAAGUAUGUCAGUUACAAGACCAACCCCAAUCCAUUGUCCGGGUUUUUGGGAGCCAAGGAUGCCUUUUGCGCCGAAGGAACCGACAUUUUUGACUAA